UUGUUUUACUUUGCCUUUUGUAAAUCUGUCUCGAAUCAUUAUCUCCUAGCGAUGUUCUUGUUUUGACCCAAUUCGCAAAAUCGUGGAAAAUAUUAUAAAUCGUAAUCACCUUCGAGAAAUAUUAAAUUUUUUCAAUCAUGACCGCGCUGAAGAGAUCGUUUUUUUAUCUGUUGCGACGAUGCGGACGUCAUUUUAUUUCUUCGUGUCGCGGAUCCUCGAAAAUCCCAUCGACGGACGACCGGCAGGUUAAGAAAGUCGGGGAGACAAGUGCGGAUGGAUCGACGAGGCGGGAGAAAAGUGAGAAAGAGGCGCAAAGAAACAGCGAGGCUAAGAUGAAGGUGUGCAUCAUCGGCGGGGGAGUUACGCCCCUUUACACCGCAAUCCUUUUGAAACAAUAUCGGAUUAUUAAAAGCAUUCGCCUGGUGGAUACGAGAGAGUCCAUGUCGGCGGACGCUUUGACGGACGUGUCGCAUCUGGAGACCAGUCCUUGUAUAGAUCAUUUCCGGAGAAAGGAUAUAAAGCAGGCCCUCAGAGAAGCGAACAUCGUUGCGCUUAUGGACGAGAGGGAGGACAUCGCCUCGACGACGGUCCGCGAGCAAUUCAAAUCGACGGCCGACUACGUGCGUCAGAUGACGGAUCGGAUACUACGCUACAACCCGGACGCCCUGGUCGCCGUGUUCGCGCGCCCGGUCACCGCCACGGCCGCGAUGGUCUCGGAGAUCUUCCGGUGCGCGGGCUGGUGCAAUCCUGACCGGAUCGUCGGCUCGACCGCGGCAUACAGCGGACGGAUCGAGGAGACAGCGGCGGCUAUCCUCAACCUGGAGCGCGCGAGCCUCUCGGUACCGUUGGCCGGCGGCGCUGACGCGCGCACCGUCGUCCCGCUAUUGUCGCGCGCCGUCCCGUUCAAUCAAUUCACUAAUGCCCAGCGCAAGACCCUAAUGCAAUUAUUUCGAGUCGGUGACGAGGAGGCGAGGACGCGGUUCGACGAGGGUACGUUGUUAUCGUCCGGAACCGCCGCUGCGAAGCUGAUAAUCAACCUCGCGGCCGCUUUGUCCGGGCAUGACCACGUUAUCACUUGCGCCUACGUGCGGUCGGACGCGCUGCCGGUCUGCCGAUUUUUCACCAGCGAGCUGGAGUUUGGCCCGGAAGGCAUCAAACGGAACCUGGGCUUACCAAAAAUUUCGGCCACGGAGGUGUUGCGGAUCGAGCAGGCAAUACCCAUCAUUAAUGAACACGUCGAUAUGGCGGUCGCGGCGGUCCGGACGGAGAGGACGCGCACAAGAACACUGUGAUCACUCGGUCACUCUAUCGCCGAUAAUUUUGGGAAAUCUUACAGGAUUAAGAAUGCAUUACACCUGUUCUCACAAUAAUAAAAAAAAUACAGAUUUGUAUUGCAUUUGAGAGUAAUGCAAAAAAAAUUUGGCGAAACGCCCUAAUG